UUGCAUUUCAUCUGAAUAAAGCACAUUUUUUAUGAAUUUUCAAUGUUCAAACAAUCUUAAUACCCUAAUUUACAUGAAAUGAUUGCUUUUUUGCAUAGAAUCCCAUCACAGUAGAUUUUCCGUGGGGAUUAACCAUCAGUCGACAAAAAACUUUCAACACGUACUACAAUAAAAAUCAUGUGUCCUAUUUUCUUUGCCACUUUUCUCGAACUUUUCUUCCCCUUUGAUCGAGUCUCAAAGGCUUAAUUGUCUCCUAAUCCAGAUUUCGGAUAACAUAUAUACAGUAAAAAACAAUGAAAGGGCCCUCCAAUGAGAGUUUGAACCUCUGGUUUUCUAGAAGGGCUCACAAUUUUACAAUUUACAAACAAGCAAUAAGAAUCCCCUCUCUCUCCUUUGAAAAAAACUGAAAUGAAUUAAUAAAUGAGUUUUUUUAGUGAAGAAGGAUUCUCGGUUCACACUAAUUAAAGAAUGGACCAUAAAUAAAGAAAAUGUUAAUGCCCCCAUAUCCUCUCCUUUACUGCUUUACUGUUUGCUUGCACCAUUUCUCCUGCCUUUCUUGAACCAGUCUUAGUCCACGCUUGCUUUGCCGGCUCUUUCUCCUUAUAGUUUUCUUCCUCUUCCUUCAUAUUUAUAACCCUUUUCUUCACAAAAUACAUUUCCAGGAAAAGAAGAGAAGCUUAAUUUGUACUGAAAAUAAAAAUCAAGAAGCCGUAGAGAAUAAGCUAUAUAGGCUGAGAAAAGAGAGAUGCUUGAAUGGAUACAUGCAGCGGUGGCUGCGGUAACCAUCGGAAUUCUUUUGAUCCUUUUGGUUGUGUUUAUACGUAGGUGGUGUUUUCAUAAAGGCCAUAAAGAUAUUGUUGAUGAGAACAGGGCUGCUAGGACUGAAAAUUUUCUAGACGGGAUUGCUAGUCUUCACCAGGGGAGUCUACAUCAUCACCAGCUUGAUUUAGAUAACAAGAGAAGAGGAAAUUACCAUGUUUUUCGACGUGGGGUUUCUGCAAAGCCUUUGUUUAAUUGGGCUGAUCAUCCAUCUCUCAUCACAGACGCUGUUGAAAAUGGAUGGUCUAGAUUUGGCUUCACAGGGUACAUGUCAUCUCCAUCUACAAGAUCAAGCCUGUUGGGGUUAUGUGCAGCUGGUGAUUGUGGAAGAGGAAAUGAUAUAGAGGUAAACUGGGAAGUAUGUCAGGGAUCAGCAGAUUUCAUGCAAAAGAUUAGGCUAAAUUGUGGGUCAAAGAAGGGUAAUAUAGGCCAUCAAUCUAUGGCAGCAGCAUCUGUUAUUAGAACAGCUUUGCCUUUGCCAGGGCCUCCGUUGGGGAAUUCUGCUUUCCCUCAAGAGGCCUAUUUCGAGAUCACGAUUUUGUGUUGCCGCGGAGAUGAUCAUGACUCAAGUGGCAAGCUGAAGGAUGGUGAUAGGACAAAACUCAUCCAAGAAAAUUUAAAUCCAAAAGCAAAUUCAGAAUCUUUAGUCCAUGUUAUAAGCAAUCAUGAUAUUAACAAGAUUGAGGAAUUAAAGCUUGCCACUAAAGAUGAUGGAAAAGGUGAAGCGGUAAUCUUAUCAGUGGGACUAACUGCAGGAGGCUCUCUUCCUUUGAAGCUUCCUGGUAGCUAUCCAGGAUCCAUCGGCUUCAAUUCGGAUGGCUCUGUCUUUCUAGAUGGAAUUAAACUUGUGUUUGAAUCAGAGAAACAAGACUGGGGGAAAACAGAGAAGGUGAUAGGUUGUGGGUUCGAUCCUAUGCAAAAGAAAGUGUUUUUCACGUUAGACUCGGAGCUGGUGCAUGUAAUAAAUUGCAAGUCUGAGGAAUUUGGAACUCCUCUUUAUCCAACUCUCGCAGCAAACGAUGAUGUUUUGGUUCUUGUUAAUUUUGGACAAAGUGCCUUUGCAUAUGCUCCAGCAAAUGGACAGCGGACACCAAACCCAUGCUUCAUUGGCCCUCUUGUAAAUUCCCCUGCUGCUGCUCUCGGAUAUGAAGACAGCAGAGAGCUUUUUUCAAUGGGAAGAAUUGAUUCCCAAUGGCUUAACAGAUGCACAACGAAAAGCAGCCACAACAAUGGGACUAAUUGUCCAACAACAGAAUUUGAUGAGGAGUCUGAGGCUGAUUUAUUCGAAAUCGUCUUGGAUAAUAAUGGAAGAUCCCCCAACUCAGUUUUGUAGCUACAAGACUGACAAUUUUUUUUGCAACGAGUGUCUCCAAGUUGUCUCGGUUUUGGCGUUGAAUGAAGUGUUUGUUGUGUAAGUGGCAUAGAUUUGCUGUACAUGGACGCACUAUAGGAGGUUGAUAGGUUUUACUUGAACAGUUGAACCUCUGCAAUAUUUAGCAGCUUGUUCAUCUUCAAAAUACAGAGACAGAAACAGGUUCUAUGAGGAAUUGAGAGCUGAAAUACUUUAAUUCUCUUUAAGCUUUUACAAUGUUCACCUGACCUAUUGGCUUUUGCCAUGUAAAGUUUUGCCUUCUCAACUAUAUGUAAUUUACAUUGUAUAGAAUCUAUAACAUUUGUUCAUUUUUGGAUCCUUUUGCCUAUAUUGGACCCUCAAACUCCUAACAUGAGAGUUUCAUGCACGUUUUGGUUUAGCAAAACUGAAUUCAACAAUCGUUUAAAAAUUCAAUUAUCAAAAUCAAGACCAUCAGAAAAAGUCAAAAAGAAAGAA